AUGAAACCUAAAAUAGACAAUGCGGGAACGAAACCGGAAACGGAAACAGAAACAGAAACACAAACGGAAACAGAAACAGGAAAGGGAAUAGGAACAGAAAAAGGAACAGAAACAGGACCAGUAACAAGACCAAGAACAGGAUCGGUAACCGCAAAGCGGAAACUGAAACAGAAUCUAAAACAAAAUAAAAGGAAACAGAAACAGAAGAGGGAAUAGGAACAGAAAAAGGAACAGGAACAGAAAAAGGAAAAGGAACAGGGACAGGAACAGGAACAGGACCAGGACCAGGAACAUGACCAAGAACAGGAGGAACAAGAACAGACACAAAACCAGAAGCGGAAGUGGAAACGUAAACGUAAACGUAAACAGAAGCAGAAACAGAAACGGAAACAGAAACAGAAACAAACGGAGACGGAAACGGACCUGAAAACGGAAACAAAAACAGAAACAGAAAAGGGAAUAGGAACAGAAAAAAAGGACAGGAAAAGGAUCAGGGACAGGAACAGGACCAGGAACAGGACCAAGAACAGGAUAGGUAACCGCAACAAGAACAGGAACGGGAACAGGAACAGUAACAGCACAGGAACAAGAACAGACACAAAACCGGAAGAGGAAGCAGAAACGGAAACAGAAAUAGAAAUAAACGGAAACGAACCUGGAAACAGAAACAAAAACAGAAAAGGGAAUAGGAACAGCAAAAGGAACAGGAAUAGGAACAGAGACAGGAACAUGAACAGGAACAUGAACAGGAACAUGAACAGGAACAUGAACAGGAACAUGAACAGGAACAUGAACAGGAACACAAACAGGAACAGGAACAGGAACAGGAACAUGAACAGGAACAUGAACAGGAACAUAAACAGGAACAUGAACAGGAACAUGAACAGGAACAUGAACAGGAACAUGAACAGGAAAAGGAACAGGCACAUGAACAGGAACAUGAACAUGAACAGGAACAUGAACAGGAACAGGAACAUGAAGAGGAACUUGAACAGGAACAGGAACGGGAACAGGAACGGGAACAGUAGCAGUAGCAGGAACAGGUUCAGGAACAAAACAGAAGCGGAAGUGGAAGAGGAAGCGGAAACAAAACACAAACAGAAACAGAAACAGAACCGGAACAGGAACAGGGGCAGGGACAGGACCCGGACCAGGAACAGAACCAGGAACAGAAACAGGAAUGGAAACAGCAACAGAGACCGGAACAGGGACAGAACAGGAACAGAACUUGAACAGGAACAUGAACAGCAACGCGAACGGGAAAAUGAACAGGAACAAGAACAAUACCAGGAACACGAACCAGAACCGGAAUCGGAACAUAAACAGGAACAUGAACAGGAUCAUGAGCAGGAACAUGAACAGGAUCAUGAACAAGAUCAUGAACAGGAACAUGAACAGGAACAGGAACAGGAACAGGAACAUGAACAGGAACAGGAACAGGAACAGGAACAGGAACAGGAACAGGAACAGGAACAGGAACAGGAACAGGAACAGGAACAGGAACAGGAACAGGAACAGGAACAUGAACAUGAACAUGAACAGGAACAUGAACAGGAACAUGAACAGGAACAUGAACAGGAACAUGGACAGGAACAUGAACAGGAACAUGAACAUGGAGAGAGACAUAAACAGGGUCAUGAACAUGAACAUGAAGAGGAACAUGAACAGGAACAUGAACAGAAACAGAAGCAGAAGCAAAAGACCGGAAGCGCUCGAAACGGGAACCGAAACAAGAACAGGCACCGGAACAGGCACAAAAACAGAAACAGAAGCGGAAGCAGAAACAGAAAACCGAAACUGAUACCGAUACCAAAACCGAUAUCGGAUCCGAAACAUAAACAGAAAGAAGAACAGAAGCAGAAACGAUCGGUGGAUAUUAGGGCUAAGGCGUUGCGUGAGCUUUUUACUUAUAAUGUGGGUGAUUUUCCUUACUUGGAUGGAACAAAACAGUUCUCGGCUAAGUUAGCACCAAAGUAUAUGGGACCCUUUGUCAUAUUUCAGAAAGUUCCCCCGUGA